AAAUAGAUUUUAAUUAUUAUUUAUAUAAAUUUUUAGCUAAUUACGCAGGGUCGUAAUUUACAUAAUUUUAAUGUGUAUACCAAACAUGAAGCUACAUUGGUAAUGAUGUAAAUACAUUAUUACACUUAUUUAUUUUAAUUGUGUGUUUUAUUUAUGUUAUUGUUAUUAUAUAAUCCCUUUUAUCAUAAUGUACACCAACGACAAAUCGUUAAAAUCAAAACGUGAAGACCCAGAUCAAAUCGGACGCAAACCAAAGCAAGAAGACUUGGAAGUGACUGGAGUAUCGAGAAGCGGACGUGUUAGAAAAAAAUCGUCAAAAUUAACAGAUUUUGAGUCUCCUGAUGACCUAGAACCAAGGCCUAAAAAAAGUUUUACAAAGCCACACACAUCUAAUUUUGAUUUCCCAUCUGGAGAAGAAAAUCGUGUAAAAGUUGAAUAUGAUAUUCAGGAACAACAUCUUUCAGAUGGUGAAUCAGAAGAAGCUUAUGAUUCAAAUUUAGAAAACGAUAGUAAUGUAUCAGAAGACGAUUCUGAUGUUGAUUUAGAAGAAAAUGAUCUAAAUGAACAUCAAGAUUUUGAAAAUACACCUUCACAAAGUGUUUACUUACAGCAGGAAUUGUCUAGAAAAAAAUCUACCUUAUUGAGAGACAGCAAAAGUCCAGCAAAAGGUGAACUUUGGGCAAAUGUGCCUAAUGGAGAGAAGUAUAAUUGGCGUCGAAGGGCUAAACGUAUGGCUAUGAAAGUAGCGAGAGAUGAAGAAAUAAAAACGUCUGAUAAUAAAGCACAAUUUAUAAAUAAAAGCAAAUCUAAUAAGCCCUCCCAAUUCUCCACUUCACCAACAGUUUCUAAGAAACUUGAUAUAGAAGAUUUAGAAGUGAUGCCUAAUUCCCAACAAAAUUCUGAUAAUUUAAUGUUGAGCCCCAAAUCAUCAGCAAUGAGCAGCGGUUUAUCAUCUCAAGGCAUGUAUAAGGUAACAGGAAGUUCCCCAAUUGACAUAGCUGCUUAUCUAAAGUUACUUGGCGAGAGUUUGAGUAUAAUUGGUGAACGAUUAAAAGAACAUGAGGGACAGAUUGCAGUGUCCGGUUCUUUAAGUGUUUUACUUGAUAGUCUUUUGUGUUCUGUAGGUCCUUUAGUUUGCUUAUCGCAACAGGUACCAGAACUUAAUUCUGAUAUGGAUUUUAGUGAUUUGCUUGAUAAUAUUGCUUAUGUUAUGCCCGGCUUGUAAAUAGAAUUUAAGUAUAUUGUAAAUAGUUAAAUAUUUGUCAUUUGAUGUAAAUGCAAUUUAAAAAU